GAAAUGACAUCACAAUUACUCACCAAUCAAUUUGACUUUUGGUAUGACGUAACAGUCACCAACAAUUUUAUAUGAUAUGACGUCGUAAUCAGCUGGCAAGCUGAAAUUAGCAGCUCUUUCUAGAAUAAAUAGAACAAACAUUAGUGCAUGUAAAUACACAAAUUCUUAAACAAUUGAAACGUUAGCAUUAAAAGCAGAAUUUAGUGAAUACUUUUAACCAUGGCUUUACUUUCUUUAUGGAGAAAAAAUAACAACGUACGUCACAAAUGCUUUAAACGUUGUUAUCCUUUCAGCGAUUUGUUAGCCGAUCUUCAGAAUGAAUUGUUCUUCGAAUUAGAGAAUCUUUACUCUCUAUAUUCUAAAGAUUACGUGAAUAAAAUUUCAUUGAAACGAAAAUGUAUUGAAAGUAAUGUUAUAAUAGAGCUGGAUGAAACAAAACAUUAUGAACCGAAAGAAUUGAAAAUAAAGAUGAAAGGACGACAGAUAGAAAUUACCGGAAAGCACGAAGAAAAAUACGAAAGGAAGAAAAAUUAUGCAUAUAGAGAAUUUCGACGUGUUUUCCAACUUCCGGAAGAUGCUGAUCCCGAAUCUGUUUCCUCGGAAUUAACGAAAGACGGAUUAUUAAGGAUUCGAGUUUCUCCUUUAUAUAAAGAAAGAUCAAUACACAUCACAGUUGAAAAGGAUAAUUUAAAAAAGUCGAAAUGUGAAAAGAAAGAUGUUAAUUCUGAAUGCUGA